UCUUAGAACCACAAAAUCGGCACAGAGGUUGUUGGCUUAAUAAUAUUUUUCCAAUAAUAUAGUUAUGGAACCGAAGAGUUCGUUGGCAUAGUUAACCUUAACUACUUUAUAUUUAUUGGCGGGAAUAGACUCUGCUACGCCAACCGUACCUCACGGGGCACUCUCUUUUACUCUUUAUACUAACUUAUCUUUAACAUAUAACACACUACACUCUUUUUUCUUUAUUUUUUCUAUCUUCAUCUUCAACAUUCAAACAAAAAACACAAUGGCUGAACUGGAACUACCUCCCCAACAAGUCCUGCCAUCUAAAACCGACCAACAGACCAAAACUGAGACUGUGUCGUUUUUUGGCUUGUUUGCCACAGCAGAUUCAACUGACUGUGUCUUAAUGUUCCUCGGAAGUGUCGGUUCUUGUCUCCAUGGUGCUGCUCUUCCUGUUUUCUUCAUUUUGUUUGGUCGCAUGAUCGACUCUUUGGGACAUCUUUCUAACAAUCCUCACAAAUUGUCCUCAAGAGUUUCUGAGCAUGCUUUGUAUUUGCUCUACCUUGGUGGAGUUGUUCUGGUAUCUGCUUGGAUGGGUGUAGCGUUCUGGAUGCAAACAGGGGAGAGGCAAACUGCACGUUUGCGUUUGAAAUAUUUGCAGGCAGUGCUAAAGAAGGAUAUUAAUUUCUUCGACAACGAAGCAAGGGAUGCUAAUAUCAUUUUCCACAUCUCAAGUGAUGCAAUACUGGUACAAGAUGCUAUUGGUGACAAGACAGGCCACGCCAUUCGUUACCUUUCUCAAUUCAUCGUUGGAUUUGCCAUUGGAUUUACCUCAGUGUGGCAGCUCACACUACUCACCUUGGCUGUGGUUCCAUUGAUAGCUCUAGCUGGGGGAGCUUAUACAAUAAUCAUGUCUACUUUAUCAGAAAAGGGUGAAGCAGCUUAUGCUGAGGCUGGGAAGGUUGCAGAAGAGGUGAUUUCUCAAGUGCGUACUGUUUACUCAUUUGUAGGAGAAGAGAAAGCAAUCGGUUCAUACUCAAAGUCUCUUGAUAAUGCUCUGAAACUGGGCAAAAAGGGUGGUCUGGCAAAAGGAGUUGGAGUAGGCUUCACGUAUGGCUUGUUAUUUUGUGCUUGGGCAUUGCUUCUAUGGUAUUCUAGCAUACUCGUGAGGCAUCACAAGACAAAUGGAGGAAAAGCGUUCACAACAAUAAUCAAUGUCAUCUUUAGUGGAUUUGCUCUUGGUCAAGCUGCUCCAAAUCUUGGUUCCAUUGCAAAAGGGCGUGCUGCUGCAGCCAACAUCAUGAACAUGAUUGCGUCCGCUUCAAGCAAUUCUAAGAGGUUGGAUGAUGGCACUGUCGUGCCACUGGUUGCUGGGGAAAUUGAAUUUCGUGAGGUCUGUUUUUCGUACCCCUCAAGAACCAAUAUGAUCUUUGAAAAAUUGAGCUUCUCAGUGAGUGCUGGCAAGACUAUAGCAGUUGUUGGUCCCAGUGGUUCCGGAAAGAGCACGAUUGUUUCACUUAUUCAACGGUUCUAUGACCCCACUUCAGGUAAGAUCCUGUUGGAUGGAUAUGAGCUAAAGAAUCUCCAAUUGAAAUGGUUGAGAGAACAGAUGGGCUUAGUCAGUCAAGAACCAGCACUGUUUGCAACAACAAUAGCUGGAAAUAUUUUGUUUGGAAAAGAAGGUGCAGACAUGGAUAAAGUCAUACAAGCUUCCAUGGCUGCAAAUGCUCAUUCUUUUAUUCAAGGAUUGCCUGAUGGUUAUCAAACUCAGGUUGGAGAGGGUGGCACCCAACUUUCAGGGGGGCAAAAGCAAAGAAUUGCCAUUGCAAGAGCAGUGAUCAGAAACCCAAAAGUAUUGCUUCUAGACGAGGCCACAAGCGCUCUAGAUUCUGAGUCAGAGCUGAUUGUCCAACAGGCAUUAGAAAAAAUAAUGUCAAACAGAACAACAAUAGUUGUUGCUCAUAGAUUGUCCACCAUACGCGAUGUAGAUACAAUUAUUGUGUUGAAGAACGGCCAGGUGGUCGAAAGUGGAACUCAUUUGGAAUUGAUGUCCAACAAUGGAGAGUAUGUGAAUCUGGUGAGUUUGCAGGCAUCACAAAACCUCUCAAACUCUAGAUCAAUAUCUCGCUCUGAAAGUUCAAGAAAUUCUAGUUUUAGAGAACCUUCAGAGAACAUGACCUUAGAGGAGCAGCUGAUGUUGGACACGACAGGAGAAAUGCAAUCAAGUGAACAACACUUGCCAUCAAAGACAACCUCAGCUCCAACAAUUUUGGAUUUACUGAAACUGAAUGCUCCAGAAUGGCCCUAUGCAAUACUUGGGUCGGUAGGUGCAAUACUGGCUGGCAUGGAAGCCCCUCUCUUUGCACUAGGAAUCACUCACAUUUUGACUGCAUUUUAUUCUCCUCAGAGUUCUAAAAUCAAGCAAGAAGUAGAUCGUGUCGCUUUAAUAUUUCUUGGAGUUGCUCUUAUUACUAUACCUGUUUAUCUAUUGCUUCACUACUUUUAUACAUUGAUGGGAGAACAUCUCACUGCCCGUGUACGUUUGUUAAUGUUCUCAGCUAUUCUCAACAAUGAAGUUGCAUGGUUUGAUAAGGAUGAGAACAACACUGGCUCACUCUCAGCCAUGCUAGCUGCUGAUGCAACACUAGUGAGAAGUGCUCUGGCUGACAGACUCUCAACCAUUGUGCAAAAUGUAGCUCUCACUGUCACAGCUUUUGUUAUUGGCUUCACAUUGAGUUGGAAACUAACAGCAGUGGUUGUAGCCUGCCUUCCCCUUCUCAUAGGAGCUUCUAUCACUGAGCAAUUAUUUCUGAAGGGGUUUGGAGGAGAUUACAGCCAGGCUUACUCUAAAGCAACUUCCUUGGCUCGUGAAGCUAUUGCCAACAUACGAACUGUUGCUGCUUUUGGCGCCGAAGAUCGAAUUUCAAUCCAGUUUGCAUCUGAACUGAACAAGCCUAACAAACAAGCUCUUCUACGGGGCCACAUAUCAGGUUUUGGCUAUGGCAUAACCCAGCUAUUGGCUUUCUGUUCCUAUGCACUUGGCCUUUGGUAUGCAUCAGUUUUAAUCAAGAAGAAAGAGUCAAAUUUUGGAGACAUCAUGAAGUCCUUCAUGGUCUUAAUCAUCACUUCUCUGGCAAUAGCAGAAACACUAGCUCUUACCCCAGACAUUGUGAAGGGAUCACAGGCACUGGGAUCGGUUUUUGGCAUCCUCCAAAGGAGAACAUCCAUCACCCCAGAUGAUCCCAACUCAAAGAUUGUAACUGUUGUCAAAGGAGAGAUAGAGUUUAGAAACGUAAGCUUCAAGUACCCUAUGAGACCUGACAUCACCAUAUUUCAGAACUUGAAUCUCAGAGUCUCAGCAGGCAAGAGUCUGGCAGUAGUGGGUCAAAGUGGUUCAGGGAAAAGCACAGUGAUUUCAUUGGUAAUGAGGUUUUAUGACCCUGAUUCUGGAUCAGUCCUUAUAGAUGAAUGUGAUGUCAAAAGCCUAAACCUGAGAUCCUUAAGGCUGCGAAUAGGAUUGGUUCAGCAAGAACCUGCUUUGUUCUCAACCACAGUUUAUGAAAACAUCAAGUAUGGAAAAGAGGAGGCAUCAGAAAUAGAGGUAAUGAAGGCAGCCAAAGCAGCAAAUGCUCAUGAAUUCAUCAGCAGGAUGCAAGAAGGGUAUCAAACUGAGGUAGGUGAGAGAGGGGUGCAGUUGUCAGGGGGACAAAAACAAAGGGUUGCAAUUGCUAGAGCUAUUUUGAAAGAUCCAUCCAUUCUUUUGCUGGAUGAAGCCACAAGUGCUCUAGACACAGUAUCAGAGAGGCUGGUCCAAGAGGCUCUAGAUAAACUAAUGGAAGGUAGAACAACAAUUUUGGUAGCUCACAGGCUAUCAACUGUUCGUGACGCUGACAGCAUUGUAGUGCUGCAGAAUGGCAGCGUUGCCGAAAUGGGAAGCCAUGAGAGGCUGAUGGCCAAACCUCGAAGCAUCUAUAAGCAAUUGGUUAGUCUACAGCAUGAAUCGCGAGACCAAGAAAACCAUUGAUGAAUUGUUCAUUUGCAAUUUCCCAAGUAAAAGGGUACUUGCAAUUUACAACUUGAAUUGAGGCAAGGCCUAGUUUAUUUUAAGAGCAUGCCUGAAUGAUUUUUUCCUUGUUUUCAUACGAUAAUUGUUUUUAUGUUUAUAUAUACACACGAGCGCUUCGAAAAAUUCAAAGUCUAUGAUUGGAUGUCUUGUUGUAGAGUGAUACCACUUUUGCAAUUCUUUCUGAAUUUGACCAAAAUAAAUCUUAUAACAGUGGUGGAUACAUGCAUGGAUCCUUCUGUUUUACUAAAUAUAGCUUCAUGGUUUUACCUUCUUAAUUUAUGCACGUCAACAUCAACGAAAGGGCUACGUGCCAACCUUUUAUCCAAUUCAGUGCAGAUGUUUGCGGGAACACCCUUGACACGAGGGUAUGGGAAACUGUUGCUGACACUGCCACCCACCAAGUGCCAAUUAUAUAGAAUUUGCUUAUCAUUUCCCGCAUAUUAAAUAUGCUAGCUUGGCUUAUUGAGUGAAGAAAAGUCCAGAGUACUAAAAUGGAUUAAGAAAAAGACCCUUGAGCCAUUUAGAACCAUGAGUCUGUACACUGGCUUCUUAUUAGCAAGGCCAGCCGUGAAUUAUUACUACCAAUGGUGUACGCCUUUAAAAAAAUUAGUUUGGUUCGUUAUCAUUUACCCAUUUAUGCACCUAUCCAAUCGAGAAAGUUAUCAGUGUUUUGGUUUUUCA